AUGGAUCCCCCAGACAGAACUGAAUUGCUUAAAUUAACAGUUAACUACCUGCAACAGGGGGACUUAGUUCGAGUAAAAGAGUCAUUGCAAAAAACUCACCAGUAUUUCCAGGACUUGACGCCAAGUGAGUUAUCCAAACCCACUUUACAGGAGAUAGAGAUAGUAAACAAGGCAGAGAAAAUAUCGAUAGAUAAUGUGGCGUGGGGUCUUCAAACUGGAGCAAUUUUGUUGUCCCAAACAACUCCUAAGAACAACUUCCUUGUCCGCUUUGCCAAUGCAGUUGGUGCUGUUGCUUUAAUCACGAUUUGUGUUGAUAUAGCUGAGAAAGUAUUUGAGCAGUCGAUAAUGUACAUUGAGAAUGCUGAAGACGAAGAAUCAAUUAUUAGCCUUGGAAUUGCCCUUAACAACUUAGGUUGCGUGUAUAUUAGCAAAGGAAGCUUUCAAAACGCAAAAGUUAGUCUUCAAAGAGCUCUUGCGAUAUUUAAGGUCGUCGAAACAGGAAAAGAGUGUGUCACUGUCCAAGAGAAAAUAUCAACAAUAGCAAACAAUUUACGACUAGUGCAACAGGCUCAAAGAAGUUAUGUAAUCGACAUGCAAUUACAAAACGAUCUCCUUUCUAAUGUAAGUCGCUUUGCCAUACAAUCAAGAAUCACUGCAGUUGUUGAUUACAAUGAAGCCGUAACUUCUUUGGAUAACAGAAACCUUAGAAAAGCUUUGGUCGAAUUUGAAAACUUAAAAGCAUUUUGUGAAACAAAAUUUCACCUAAACGAGGGUUUGUUAACCUUCCUUUUGUUAAAAAUCCGCUUAGUUUGUUUGAUGCUUCAAGCUUCUAGUGGGGCCACGGCAUUUAUUGACUCUAAGAUUUCGACCUUGCAAGGGAUGAAGGAACUUGUUGAUAUUGGUACAAACUUUUCGUUAGACUUCUCAGUUACAAUUGUGGAGACUGUGGCCGACAUUCACCUUUAUCACGGCAAUCUUGACCUCGUCUGUAGCUAUUUCUCCUAUCUUGUACCAGUUGUUCGUGAAAGAUGUGGUGCAGAUCACCCAACAGUUGCUUCUAUUCUGUCAAAACAAGGAAUUAUUUUACUCCACUUAGAAAACUUCGCACGUUCUAGGCAGUGUUUUACCGAGGCAUUAGAGAUUUUCACCGGAGCUUUUGGUGCUAUUCACCCCGAUGUUCUCAAAUGCAAUGCAGGUCUUGCGAGGCUAGAAUGGCUCGGUGGAUAUGAAGAAAAAUCUUUAACGCACAGUCAGACAGUUCUGGAAAAUGUGGAAAGGAUUUGCCAAGUCUCAUUUGAGUGUCAAUUAAAGCCAAAAUUCAUUGAAUUGUCUUCACAAAGCGGAAGAACACCAUCUCCCGAUGUUGAUCCCGAAGAACAACUAAAACUUGAAACUCUGGUCUCUGAGUUUGGUAUGGAAAUAACCAGGGUUCUCAACCAGCAUCAACCGACUGAUCUUGGGGAUUGUCCAGGAACAAUCUCAGAAAGUGAUGAUUUUGUGGAUUCCUCCGUCUCCAAGGACUUAUAUGCAAAGCUGAGCUUUAACUGGUUCAAAGCUGGUCUUUGUUUGUUUAACGUUGGAGUGGAUCAAAGCGUCGCUUUUCUCUUUCUCUCGUGUACAUAUGCAAGUAUGUUUUAUGAUCAUCUGGAUUGUUCUGAAGUCAUUUUACUGAAAGUGAUUUUUGUUGUGUGUCAUCUCAAAUCUAAGACGUGUCAAACCGUCCCGAAAGUUCGAGAGAGAUUAAAAAUUGAGUUUCGAAGGAUAACGAACUUCAUUGUGGACAAGGCGAAGAGAUUUGAUAAACCGGAGAGCAAAACUAUAUUUUUUGACGAAAAUACAAACUUGAUGAUUGCUCUGGCUGUAAUCCUUCAGGCGUUUGUAGAAAUGGAAAUGUACGAGAUGCUAGCUGAUGUGCAUAGUUUAUUUUCUUUCCUGUCAAACCAACAGUCACCUCAGGUAACUCAUGUAUUUCUCGUUGAAGAGGUUCGCUUUGCGUUUUAUAGUUCAAAGAUACAUUGUCUUGGCAAACAAGUUAUGCAUGACCUGAUUUUUUUGACGCCUCUUGGGAUGAUGAACAAUCGAAAAGUCACUGACGAAAACGAUGCAGAUACUCCCUGUAACUCUCAAAGCAAGGAGCUUACAAAAUCUUUACAUAAAGGUGACAACUUUGGAGAAAGGAAAUCGAGGCAAAUUUUCAAAACUUUGACACUCAAAGCUUAUAAUAAUCAGUGGAAAGAAUCUUGCAGAUUUCUUGUGGAGAGUCCAAUAUCUCGUGGAGUUGAUGUUUCAGCAUUGAAUAAAAUAAACGCAUGGAGUGUGAAUGGAGUAGAGGACAGUCUACCUCACUUGAUCUUAUGCAGCAAUCAGAACACAGAAUUGACAACACAAUAUUUCCUAGAAUUGGAACUCCUGAGCUCUACGGAAAGCACUCUUUCUUCGAUUUCUGAUCAUUUUUCCCUUUUGCCACUCGUUCUAUCGAAAGCUAAGGAUGGUUCAGAAUUUGAAAUGCAAUCUCCGGUUCUCGUCUACACAGGGAACACUUGUGAAGGAAGCCUAGCAUUUAUCUUGCAAGACAAAGUAAUUGCGGAUUUUUUAUUCGGAAAGCUUUUAAAACAAAUCUUAGCCGAUGAGGACGAGCUUGGUGAGGUUGUGAACAUGGUAGUCAAAGACAGCCAGCUCGUGCUGAAAAUUCGAGGUCCACCCAUCGGACAAAUCGUAAUUCAGUGCCAUGAAGACACCAUCAAAGUGAAAACCCACUUGAUUUACUAUUCUCAAGGCCGUAGAAAAGUUGAGAUUGUCCGCGAAGAAGUUUCACCGUGCAAUUGCUCUCUUAUUGAGAUGGUCAUCGCUGACAAAAUGGAAAAAUGUGCUCGUAGUUUUGGCUUUCAUUUCGAGACAAAAAGUGAUAAUGCCUGGUGUGUUGCAUCACAUUUGCUUGAAAAUGCAAGGGAUAUUUCAAUGAGAGUAAGUGUUUUGAAUGUUGUAUUAAUCACUGUAGGCAUAAAACUUGUUUUUCAAUCAUCAUGACGAAUCCUUGUUCUGCGACGGUUCAUAUGCUAAAUGUAAAAUCCGGCUUACCAAUAUAACAAAACCAAAAAUAUGACUGGGUUAGAAUAGGAACCUUUCGUACCGCUUUCUCUGCUUACCUCAGGGAUUUAUGCAUUACAUUGAAGAAACCUAAAAUUUGGUUGUCUUUUAAAUUAAGGAACUUCUCCUUUUUGCCUAAACCCCAUAGCAGGAUCAGAAGUUAUUUUUGGGCUGUCGUUAUAGUUUUUAAUUCGUUCUGAUCUUAGGAACACCAGCCGCUAGAAAUGCAGCUUAAAGCCGAACGUCCAGGCCGUAUUUCUCCCCUUCCAACCUUGCUUUCCAGAGAGUCGUUUCUUUCGGAAUCAUCAACACAAACAGAUUCCUUGAGUAUUCCCUCAACAUGUGAUCUUAGCACUCAAACAGAGCUUAGUGACUGUCAUGAGUCUGAAGAUCUGGUGGAACCCACUUCAUCAUCCAGUGAAGUAAGUAUAUCAUCAUCAUUACCACAAUCGUCAUUGUCAUCAUCAUCUCCUACCUCAUCGUCAUCAUCCUCCUGUGAAGAAGGUACUGAUGAGGUCUCCAGAAGGUCAAGGUCAGAGCCGGCAGAGAAAGGUAAAUUAUCAGCGAGUUCCGUCUAUUCGUGUGGUUUCGAAUUGAAGAAACGAGAUAAAGAAGCUCCAAAACGUGCAAAAUCGGAGGAAGAAAGAUCUAGCAUGGCUUAUUUCAGUGUUUCAGAGUUCAACGAUAGUAGCAACGAUGCAGAGGAAGGACAGAUAAAUCAACCACCACUCGUUCCACCAUUAACCUUGAGGGUUCAAAUGGAAGGCAAAUUACGUGAGAGUAAAGAAAACCUGGAUAAGUGUAUUCAAACCGAUGUUUGGCAAGGGCAUUCUGUGGAUGAUGAAGUUGAUGGUGCAGUAAAAAAUGCUUCGUGCGAUAGUUCUACAAUCCAAAACUAUCAUCCUUGUUAUUCCUCAACUGGAUCUGCUAAACCACUUUUUCAAGGGGAAGGUGGUCUAUCCGACAACCUUCCACGAAUUACUGACCAGGUGGAGCGUCAUGGUGGUGCUGCUGCCUCAACCAGCUGGUGCAAUGAUGUUACGGAUGAAAACCGAAGAAAUAGAGAACGUAAAGUCGAUUCUAAGUCACUGAAGAUAUCUCAAGAGAGUAAAAACAAGAGUAAAGAGCAUCUAUCAGUAAAAAGUCACAACACAACGCCUGGGAAAUUUCUAGGCUUAAAAGGUGGAGGACAAGAUCCAUUUUUCUCUAACAGGAGCCAAGGUUACGAGAAUCUCGAAUCGGUUAUUAACUGGAACGACGCAAAGCCUGAGAGGGUUAAACUACGAGAUGAUAUGCAAAACACCGUAGAUAAAAAAGAAUCAAAUUUCUUUGGUAUAAGGCCUUGCUUUCUUGCUCGCCACACAGAUGACAGUAGCAUUACCACUCCUAUCGAUGACAUAGAGAAUACAGCGGAAAACGUCAAUGGAGGGUCUUCCAACACCUUCUCAAGGCAUCAAGAGUCAUCUUUUUUCACUACUGAGCAAGGCUAUCAAGCUACUUACUCCUUUCAAGCACCCUCGUUUCAUUCUAAAAGUUCAAAGGUAUCUGCUAAAGCACAAGGUCCAAAUCCUCAUGGCCCCUUCGAUCCUAACCCUGUAGUUUGGGAUCUACCAGUGCCUGCUCGUCCUCUACUUUCUCUUCCUUGCAACGGAUCGGAGCAUCUCCAUAACCUUUCCUGCGAUGACACGCGAAUUGUAGUGAUACCUCCGCAUGCUUUGAUCGAUGGUAACUCGCUGCUGGCGCAAACACCCCUUUUACCACAGCAGAGAAAAGUCAAGGAUCAACGUACCGAUCCUGAAGUACAACGGGAGAAAAACUCUGAUUUCAAAGUGAUGAAUGGAAAUCCUGCAUGUUUAUCUAAUACCUGUUCAAUUGCACAAGGUCUGAUCUCCCCAGAAAUGGAAAUCUCCGCUCUACCACAAGCAGCCAUGAACAGAAGUCUAACAUGGGAAACAAGAACAGAUGCAGAUCAGGACACUGCUAACCAAGGGCCACUGGGUGUCUUGAACGAAACUUCACCUCUCUCAAAUGAUGAUUCCUUAGCUGACCUAGAGCGACGAGUAGCCGAAACCUGUUCCCUUGUCGAAAAAAACUUGAAAAGAAAGGAAGAAAAAGAAAAAGCAAUGAAGGAAAAAGAACGAAGAAGAAAAGAAGAGCGGGUCAGGAAAGAACAACAAGCACGUGAAAGAAGAGAAAGGGAGGCAAGUAAAACAAGACAAGCGGAACGCAGGAAUGACAGAGAAGAAGUCAGCAACCCGAUAAGAGGUGGAGGAGGAACACUUACGCAAACCUCCGCUGAUGUCGAGGGUCGACAAUGGCUCUGUGAACAUUAUAAGCGGCUCUGUCGCGUCAAGUUCCCAUGCUGCGGAAAGUUCUUUCCUUGUCAUCGUUGUCAUAACAAUUCUGGGUGUUCAAAUGAUAAUUCCAAAGCAAGAGAGGCGUGUUAUGUUGAGUGCUCGGUUUGUGGCCAUCAACAAGAGGUAUUUAGACAUAUCAUUUAUUCAAAAUUUCAAAAAUCUGGAAAUGAAGAAGUUAUAUUCAGACUAUAUGCGAUUUGCUCUUAAUGCUUUCUUGUUUUUUAAGAUCAACCAGGACGCCCAAACCUGUGCCAGUUGUAAAACAAAGUUCUCGGCAUAUUUCUGUUCUAUGUGUAAACACUUCACGGGCACAGACAAAAAUCCAUAUCACUGCACAAAAUGUGGUAUCUGCCGGUAGGUGAAACGAUAUCCAUGGCAAAAUUGUUCGUUUUUCGUUUGUUGGAUGAUAUUCUUUUUUUACAAAAGAGUAAGGGAGUAAUUGGUCUGCUUCAAUAUCAAGUGUUAUCGUAUGAAUGGAAAGAAAACUGUGGCGCUAGCCUAAGCACGAGAGCAACGCUUAAUAAGAGAGAGACAAGCCCUUAUCGAUACGCAUAUGAAACUUAACACCGCCAUUGUUUUCUCCUCCGUCUUUGCGAAAUCGUAUUCAAAAGAUAUAUCAAAUAUCAAUUUUUGCUUCCGCAUAGGCAUCAGGAUUUCAUUCUGUAGAUCGAAUCGAGUAGAAAUAUAGGGUUUUCACUUUGCUUAAGCAACUUAUUUUCUUUACGAGUCAUGUUAAGUUUGCUCGAGUAUUUACCUGCGAAGUGAUGUUCAUGUUUUCGUUUCAGCAUCUUCAAAGACCGCUCCUUCCACUGCGAUGUGUGUAACGUCUGUCUGGACAAAAGGCUGGAAGGCAGACAUUCUUGUCGAGAAAAUUCAGGACAUGAUGAGUGCUGAAUCUGUUUGGAGGUAGUGACUUACUUUUCGCAUUAACACGGUGUUGCUGCAAAAUUUCCAGAGAAGGGGAUUUCUCUGUCUUGUUCGUUACAAAUUGUUUCUUGUUAAGAAAUAGGUUGUUGUUCAUCGUGGUAGUUGGAUGAUAUCAUAAGUUUGUUCUGUUGUCUCACCACAAGGUCACUUGAUGUAGAACGCAACGUUUCGACUGCUUACUGCAAGUCUUCUUCAGAAAGCAGUCGAAACGUUGCGUUCUACAUCAAGUGACCUUGUCGUGAGACAACAGAACAAACUUAUAACAUCAAAUCGUUUCUUGUUUGUCGUGUCUACCUGUUAAAUGAUUGUCGGUGUUUGCGGAUUUCGUCAUCAGUUCUACUGCAUUAUUAAUAUUUUGUGUUCUCAUAGCGUUGUGAAACAUUAUGUUAUUUGUUGUGUUCUAUCUAUAAAUUUAGUUUUGUUGGUCAAUGUUUAUGCUCGGUUAAUAUAAAGCAACUACACAGUUUUCACUGCCGUUAUGUCUGGAUUCCAUUGGAUAAUGUCUCGUCGUAUCAUUUAUACAUUGGAACGUUUUCCUUUCUGCUAUUGCAAGAGUAUGGAUUUCAAAAAACUGUCUAAAGACAUCCGUGACACUAGUUGCACACAAAAUCGGCCCUGCAAGAGGAAAUAUUGGCCAACAGCUUUUUCCCAUCUGCUUUAAUUAUAGCCUUGUUGUCGACAAUGAAAGUGAAAUCUAGAAAAUGUAAUGUUUGAGAAACAAAUCCAGCAAGAUACUAAGAGAGCACUUGAGUUUUUUUAGCAAGGUUCUGAGUACAAAAGAAAGCGUUUAAUGGAAUUAUUCGAAUAAGAAAUGAUUUUAAAAGUUAAACUGAUGGAUAAUACCUGUAAAUACUUUUACUUAAUGGACGUUUGGAACUUUUUUUUUCAGGACGCAUUCAGCGGUUGUCAAAUUCUGCCAUGCUCACACAAGGUUCAUAGAGAGUGUGCCAUUGCAAUGAUACAGAAUGGCGUGUAAGUAUGCUCACAAAGUCGUGAUUUUUUAUGAAUUAACUUACAAAACGAAUAACGCGUUUGUGGUCCCCUCCAUUUGACGGUAUCUGGUUAGAAUUCUGAAUCAGUUUUGUAUGUGGAGUUGUGGCGGAGUGUGUGGGGGUUAGUUGCCUGACUCUGUCCAUCUCUCGACUUCUGGCUGCGUGAACUAAGGGGUGGAAAUAAAUUAUUGUGUCCUGCGUCUUCUUUCUUUUGAAGGAACUUAUCUUUGUUUCAAUGGAAUCUCUCAUUGGUUUGUGAUAUUAACUUCUAAUUGGCUGUUGUGAUUAGCUGGGUUUUGGUCUAACAACACUCGAGAGAAAAGUUCUCUUUGCGUGCAGCUUUAGAACAGUUCUGAAUCCACAGCAAUGCAGGGUCGAUUGUGAGCUUUGCAGUCUCUUUUAGUUCUACUCGUGAUUUUACGGUGCUCUUGACUUGAAUAUUCUCGCGUUUAAUUAAAAAAAGUUUAACUUGCAUUACUUGAAAUGUUUCCUUUAAAUUUGCAGUCGCAGCUGCCCAAUUUGUCGCCAUCCUCUCUACAGUGAGACAAAUGGCAAUGAGUGAAUGACAACGUCCAUCCCAAGCUCUUCUCUUAUCGCCUCGUUGAUAAAAUAGAGAGGACCCUGUGUAUGGAGCUGAAAGCAUGAUUUUUUUAUUUCCUUUUGAUAAUUGUUAAGUGCUCAGAUUUUGUAGACUUUUAGCAUAAAUUUUAUAACAGCUUUAGCACCUAGAUUCAAUGGAGUUAUCUGAUCGUCCUGGUAAGAAGACUCUACCUACUCAGGACUUCUCACGCCCAGGGUCGGGUUGUUCAAGGCUGGGUUUAGAUAACCCAGGGUUAGAGUGAAAUCUGGUUUCAGGUCUGAAAGCUGUGAGAGAAAAUUCAGUCUAAUUCUCUUUGUCCAAAAUAUGAUUAUUGGAUGCUCCAAAAAGAAAAGAGAAAAUUGUUCCAAAAAGGCAUUUAAACAAAGAAAUACAAAAACCCGGAUAUAGAUUAAGUCCUGGGUUAGCGCUAAUCGACCUUCGAACAACUAGGCCUAGAUGAUUAGACUACACAAUCAUAUCUUACUCUGAGUUUAAAUCAUUUACCAUAUUACUUUUUUUAAUUUGAUUGAUCGAUAUGUUUUUACAUAAGUGUGAAAUUUCAAAUUAUGUGGGUCUCCAUAAUCAAGCUAUCAAAACGUUAUCGCAAGUUGUCAAAUAUUAAGUUUUUCACUAACAACCCAGAAUUUAGAGAGGCAAAGUUAAAGAACUCGUCCAUGCUGAUCUUCAUGUCUAGAACGCCUGGCUUAAGAUUUCCUUAGGCGUAUGUAUCCAGGAUAUUGAGUUGCUUUGGCAAUGAACGAUACUCUGGCAAAAAAAAGCAAACAAACAACGAAAAAACGGAACUAAUAUCAUCGAUUAUUCUAAACGUAUUACUACACAACACAGCAUGUAUUCUAAAAUGAUUCGAUUUAUCCCAGCGGUUCUUUUCUCGCAAAUUUUGGCAACUUCGCGGGUCAUAUUCUAAGAUCUUAAUCUAAGGAAUAGCAUAGCGGUUAUUCGCUCAAAACCCAGCUCGUUCUGUUUAGUUUUUUCACAUUUUCUAUUUUGAAUUUCAAAGCCAUUGAUAUUUGAUAAACAGCUUUUUAGGACCAAUGAUUACCGUAACUUUCAAUAAACAGGCUCCUGUACAACCAAAAGACUAAACUUGUAAAAUGGAACGUAAAAUUUUGCAUUUACUUUCACAUAACAGCGUCCAUUGGUUGUUACUAAAUUACACUCCGCUUGAACGGCGAGCACAACUUAUUAAGAUGCUAACUCAUAUCUCCUUAUCCCUGUUGGGCAAAACUAUCUCACUAGUUUCGUUUUCCGAGAAUCACGGGGUAUCUAUGGAUCAAUAUCUUACCUAUGAUGUACAUAUCACUAAAUCAGCCUCUAAUUGCAUGAACAGUUAGUACAGAUAAGUAGAAUUAAACGCCUCUUAUACAUGAAAAUACUUUCAUUACUUAUAAAUAGCUUUGUGUUUAGUAAACCAUUUUAUUGUUCCUCAGUUUGGAAACAUCCAAACAUAAUCUACACAAACUGCAGUUGUUACACAACUUUGCUGCCAGAGUUGUAUUAGGUGUAAGGAAGUUCGACCACAUCUCUCAGGGACAGAGAUCUCUUACAUGGUUAGAUGUUACGGAGAAGGUUUUAUUUAACGGCUUACUUUUAGCAUUCAAAUGUGUAAAUGGCUUAGCUGCAGAUUAUUUAGGCAGAUAUUUUGUUAAACGUUCAGCAUUUCACAACAAGAACACGAGGGGAUGUAACAGUUUUGUAGUCCCCCGAUGUAGAUUGUCCAUGGGACAAAGGACAUUUUACUUUUGGUGUCCAAGGGAAUGGAUUGGGCUAGCCGACAAUAGUAAGAACACUAAAAAAAAUUAAUAGUUUUAAGCGGAUACUUUUCAAUAAUAUGUUUCAUGACAAAUAAUUUUGGAUAUAUUUUGAAUAAUUUUGAUUACAUUUUGAUUUUAAUUAAGUUCCUGUAAAUAAGUUUUCUUAAUUACCAGUAUUAUGUAGUAGUUAAUUACCAUUAUUAUGUAACAGUUGACAUCGUGACUGAAAAGCCCCGUUGAAGGGAGUCUCAAUAAAGUAUGUAUGUAUAUAUGAAACACUACGUAAAUACGUCGCCUAUUGUGGGUUGGGUGCUGAAUCCAAUCAUUAUAUACAGCGCAAAAUUAUUAAUGAUUCAGAGAAUAAGCUGCAUGCUUUUAUUAAGUUUCUUGUUCAUUAUUUCGUUUAAAAAGCUGUAAUUUCAAAUACAUUUGCGAGUGCGACCGUAUUUUUGAAGUGAACCUUUCAGUCACGUGAUCGUUAUAAAAUAGAACUAGUAUUGUGGACUAUUUCAGGAUUUGAUCAGUAUAACGACGUUUAGAGGAACAGUCAAGAUGUCAUGCAUGUGGGACCAUAAAUGUGGGACCUCUGAAUUUAUUUCUCAAUCAUUCGAAG